UGACCAGUGUGACGUCACGGCCUUUGUUUGUUUUGGACAUUCUUGUCAUGAAUCUGGCUAAAUAGUCAUCUAAUCUCUGGAAAAUCUGCCCGAAAUGGCAUAUGCCAGCAUGUCGGAGGCGCGCAUUCGCCCGCGCCAAGUGCUGGUGCUCAUCAUAGUCUUCCUUAUCGUGCUCAAGCUGGUCCACCACAACGGGAAGCACACCUGCCAGGGCCCAGAGUACCUGCAGGCCGUGUAUGCGCAACAAGACGCGGACACGUUGCCCCACAUCUACGCCAUAACGCCGACGUACUCACGGCCAGCCCAGAAAGCGGAAUUGACCAGACUGUCGCACCUGUUCAUGCUGCUGCCCAACCUGCACUGGAUCAUCGUGGAGGAUUCGAACAUUACCACGCCGCUGGUGCGCGGCCUGCUGCAACGGGCGGGGCUGGAGAAGCGCUCCACGCAGCUGAACAUCAAGACGCCGCCCGAGUUUAAGCUGCAGGGCAAGGAUCCCAACUGGAUUAAGCCGCGCGGCGUGGAGCAGCGCAACUUAGCGCUGGCCUGGCUGCGCAACCACGUGGACGUGGACCGACAUGCCAUUGUCUUCUUCAUGGAUGAUGACAACUCCUAUUCAACGGAGCUUUUCGUCGAGAUGACGAAGAUCAAGCCAGGCCACGUCGGCGUCUGGCCCGUUGGCCUGGUGGGUGGCCUCAUGGUGGAACGCCCCAUACUCAACGAGGACAAUUCACAGGUGGUGGGCUUCAACGCUGCCUGGCGGCCGGAGCGGCCCUUCCCCAUUGACAUGGCCGCCUUCGCCAUCAGCAUGGAUCUGUUCAUCAAGAACCCGCAGGCCGUCUUCUCCUACGAGGUGCAGCGCGGCUACCAGGAGAGCGAGAUAUUGCGACAUCUCACCACGAGACAACAGCUGCAGCCGCUGGCCAACUCCUGCCGGGACGUGCUCGUCUGGCACACGCGCACCGAAAAGACAAAGCUUACCUCCGAGGAUGCGCUCCAGCGCAAGGGAAAGCGCUCUGAUUCCGGCAUGGAGGUCUAGCCCAGCUCUUGCCCACCCGAUUCGCCUGUACAUACUUGUCACGCAACUGUUCCUCGUACCGUUACUUAAUGCCUCAACUUAGUGAAUUUAUUGAAUGUUUUUUUUUCGUUGCCCAAAAUGUAUUAACAAGAGAUUUUCUUAUCUGUAUAAUUGCAAGGUUAUCCGUAGCUUUGCUCUUGAACUUUAACAUUGCAUGCAGUUUGAUGCAAUCCAAGCAAAGCUGCGGCCACCUUGCUGCUCUGUAUAAUAGUUGUACAAUGCUCAAAUACAAUUUGUAACAUAUGUAUCUAAGAUUUCUGCAUUUGUAUUCUGUUCUUCUGUCUGCCGAGAAGGCAGCGCCAAUACCUACAAUGUUUGUGCAUAGUCUAAGAAUGUUUUAGCAGCCUCCAAGUUCUGAAUAUAGUAUUUGUUUGGAAGUACUGUGUGUAGGGCUGCAGCACAAGAAAUACGAGCACAAGUUAAAUUUCCGCAUUCCUACCACCUUUCGGAUCAAGUUAAACUGAGAAAGGCUGGUUUUUGGGGGGUUUCUGCCCAUCGCCCAUCGCUGCCUCACGUUGAAGGCAAUUAAAAGUCUUUGAUUUGGA